GCCAUGAUACCAUAGAAGCAUGAGCAGCAGCGUUGUGUCCGACCGUAACUAGCGAAUCUUGCUGCAAAAACAAAAAUUUCUCAAUCUCAUCCCUUUCUUCCCUAACAUGUAUAAACUACAGCUGCUUAAUCUGUUUCUCAACGAAAAAUUAAUCGCAGUUCCUUUGGAGAUAUCCGUGGCAGUUAAAAAAACGAUAGCAGAGCACCAGGAAGAAAUCUGCCGUUUGAGACGGGCGAAUGAACGUUUACGAAGAAUCCUGGAUUUGGUUUUCAAACCAGAGAUAAAGUUGCAUAGAUUAGCAGACCUCCAGCAAUUCACUCUUCCUGAAGAGGAGGUUAACUAUGGCCAGCAGCACUGUGAGCAGGAAUGGAGUGCCAAUCUGGGGCCGGUGGAAUCUGAUGCCGUAGAGUCUAUAUGGGACUCUAUCAACAUCAUAACGGUAGAGAACCAAACAGAAUCUGAAGACGAGAGCAACAGAGAGUCCCAAUCAACCAGUGACUAUCAGCCCCACUCUGAUGUAAACCCAGACAGUGACAAUGAAAAAGUGGAUGGAGUGGUGAGCAGAAUACCACCGUCAAGGUCAAAGAGGGGAAGAGGACGGCCAAGGAAGCACACCGGUGAGUCACCUGAUCUGAAAUGUGACGUGUGCGGGAAAUUCUUGGCGACAGCAGCUAAUCUGAAAAGGCAUCAGCAAAAUCAUCACCGUGAAGAGAGACCAAGAAAAGAAACCAGUGGAUUGCCUGAUCUAAAAUGUGAGGUGUGUGGAAAAUGCUUUACGGCAGCACGUAGUCUGAUGAGGCAUCGGCGGAAUCGGCACAGUGAUGAGAGACCAUACAUGUGCGACACAUGUGGACAAUGUUUCACCCUGAACUGCUACCUGACCCGGCACAUGAAGCGACACACGGAGGAGAGACAACAUUCCUGCACCGAAUGUGGCAAAUGUUUCUUUCACCAAGAGAACCUGGAAAAUCAUAUGGGUGUUCAUAGAGGGGGGGAUUUUAAAUGUGAUGUGUGUGGAAGAUGCUUGACGACAAAAGGUGGUCUGAAAUUUCAUCAGAAAAAGCACACGGAACAGAAAACGCAUCGGUGUAAAGAAUGUAGCAAAGCCUUUUUCUGCAGGUCAAACCUGAAAAAGCAUAUGAGGAUUCACACGGGGGAGAAACCAUUUUGGUGCAAAGAAUGUGGCAAAUGCUUUGGUGAGAAUGGAAGCCUGUCAAAGCAUAUGAUGACUCACACCGAGGAGAAACCUCAUCGCUGUAAUGAAUGUGGCCGAUGCUUCGGUCUGAAGGGAAACCUGACAGUUCAUAUGAGGACUCAUAGAGGUGAGGGAGUGCAAUGUCAUUUGUGUGGAACUCACUUGAAGUUAGCUUCAAGUCUGAAAAGACAUCUGCGAACUCACAGAAAGAAUAUUCAUAAUGACUGAGAACAUGUAAAAAUCCUUUGUGUAAAAUGUGUUAGUUGAAAGAGAAUAUUAAGAGGACAUACCCCUCAGGUCACUGCUCGUGGUUAAAAGUACUGUCUGAAGUCUGGGAAUCUGUUCAAUGGUAAAUUCCAUUAAUAUAGUCGCCUAUUAAGGCAUCAAUCAUGAGCUAAGCACAAAUGUUUUACUUUAUUUUAGUUACUUUUUGAAAAUAAAUUGGGUAGAGCCCAGAGAAAAGAUGUUUAUCCAUUGUUCUUUGUCAGGUAGCGAUGUAGCCCACAUAAUAGACACAUUGUUUUAACUUCUAUGGCACUUUUCAUGACCGAAAAAAAUCUGGGUAGCCUAAUUGCAGUUGAGGCAGUGGUGUGGUCAAUUCUAGGGAUGGGCAUUUGAAAGUUAUGAAAAUGAUUGAGUACUCGCAUGUUUGUGUGAAACGGGGCUGAAGGCAACAACAAAAAAAGUCUGCAGUAUGCUAUCGGUUGUUCCAAAUACUGGAUGUUCUGACAAUUGGAAAUGACAUUUUAACAUAUUUUCAUUGCACUUGACAUAAUUUCAGGAAAUGUAAAUUUCUUUUGGAAUGUCAGUUGGUAUGGAAUGCCUCGAAGUGACUGAAUUUAAGUGGAAUUGAUCCCAACCCGAGUCAUAGUAAGGUGUGUAGCACCCAUGGCGAUACUAUAUACUUUAAUACUUAUUACAUUUCUGUUCAAUUGUUAUCAUUUAAUUAUAUGGUAGCAGCACUUGAGCCAGGAGUCUGGUUCCUCACUUAUCCCAUAACACCAGGAUUGUCCUCUCCACAGGAGAGACUAUGGGGACUUUCCUGACCAGCAUCCAUGCAGACAGAUUAGCUUAUCAAAUACUUGCCCAUACUUUAACCUAAGCCUUUACCAAACCCUUAACCCUAUUCAUUUACAAAGUUCUCUUCCAGAAAUUACAUUUUUUGUUUAAACUGACUGGUUUUGUAUUAUAGGGACUGGACCCUGGUUUUAUGGACACACAAACUGAUGCAUUCUAACUGCAGGUGAUAUUGGGAGAGUAUGUACAUUAUCCUGUGCUUGCUACAUGGCCGCAUGUACUAUUAAAUCUCUACCUGGCCACCAAUCGGAGCCUGGUUCCUCUCUAGGUUUCUUUCUGGUUUUCUGCCUUUUAGGGAGUUUUUCCUCACUACUUUGCUUCUGCCUCUGCAUUUCUUGCUCAGUGGGGUUUAGGCUAGGUAACUACUGUAACUGUAAAGCACUUUGACAACUUCUGAUGUACAUUUGCAUGUACAGCACAUUUGAGUAGAAUUUGAGUAGGAUGGCUUACCCACCACUACCUAUGUGUUUUUAUUCUUAGAUUUGUUUUAAAUUAGUUUUUAUUUUUAGAUAUCUGAUCUGUGCUCUUUAAGAUCCUAUUCUGGAUGUUUUAUUUUCUUUUGAUAUUGAACAGUGCAUUGUUGAGAAAGAGCUUUUAAGUAAGCAUUUCGCUGGAUUGUUUUAGAAUGUACACCUCUUAUAUCCUGUGCACCAGACAAAAUAAACUUUUGAUUUGAUGUUCCAGGAGGAAGCCAAGAGCUUCGUCACCCAAGAGAACCAUGACUAGCGUAUUAUGGAAUCCCUGGACAACCCUAAGAACUAUAACUUUGCCAUCGACACAGAUGGCCAUGUGGUGAAGAGGACUUUGCUGCAAUGUCUACCUCACUGCAGCACAGUCAUCUUCACCACAUGGCCAUUUUUGUCGCGGGAUGGCUUCUUCUUCUUCUAUGAGGUUAAACGGCGGUUGGCAUCCAAUUUGUUGCAUUACCGCCACCUACUAGACUGGAGUACAACUCCCUUAUACUUUACUUGAAAAAUAAAAAUGAACUAAAUAAAUACCCUACAAUCUAACGCUAUACUCACUAAUUUCAAAUGUAUAUAAAAUUAAAUUAACACCCCCCCCCCACUCCACUAAUUGAAUGUAUUUAUUCCUACCUCAUGCCAUCACCCUAAAAGGAUGGGACAUCACCACUUAACACAUCCUGUAACUCUUCUGCUGUUAAGUCUCGCACACCCAAAUACCUCUGCAGCUGCUACCACAACCUCCAUUUUCUGAAACUUCCGAUCCAUCCCUGCAGUACGAUUGAUAACCAUUGCUAUAAAUGCAAAAAAUCCUAUCUUAAUUAAACUUAUUUCACUUUUUGGCCUCUCCCUCUAUACUGAUAUUUCUACUACUCUCCCCAUUCCUCCCCCUUAACCCAUCUAACUCUACUUUCUUCACUGCCUCAGCAUAUGACAACUUCUGCACUACUCUAACCCUGGAAACCUCAACCUGCCUCUCUCACAUGGAACAUUUCUAAUCCCCAGCACCAUGGGCACCCCUACAAUUAACACAUACCACUACUUUCCCCAAUACUACACAUUCCUUUGUCUCAUGCCUUUCUGCACAUUUCUCACACAUUGGACCCUCCCUCCUACACAUUGCUGCCACAUGCCCAUAAACUUGACACCUAUAACAUCUUAAUAUAUUCGGCACAUACGCUCGUACAGGAUAACUUCUAUAUCCUAACUACACUUUGUCAGGCAAAGACUCAACUUCAAAACUUAAAAUAACAGACAAUGACUUUUCUGUUUCCCCACUCUCGCUACCCUGUCUGCGUCGCUCGUCGUUUGAUGCGACGCAUCACAUAUGUAACCGUUGUGAAAUGGCUAGCUAAAAUGCAAAAAAAUAAACUGGGCAAAGAUUCCCGGUGUAUGUGUAACAGUAUAGCUUCCGUCCCUCUCCUCGCCCCUACCUGGGCUCGUACCAGGGACCCUCUGCACACAUCGACAACAGGCACUGUUAUCCAUCGCUCCAAAAAAACUCUGCAAGGGGAACAACUACUUCAAGUCUUUCAGGGCCGUCAAGGUAUCUGCAAUGUAGUCGGGCAGGAACGCAACCCGUAUACGUUUUACAGCCCACCGCACAGGGUAAUGUCUAGACGGGAUACAGCUUUGGUCAAAUUGACAUCAAAAGUUUAUUUUUUUUGCAUUUUAGCUAACCCUAACCCUUUCCCUAACCUUAGGAAACCCUCUCCCUAUUGACUACAUUAAAAUGGUGGUAUUCCUCAAUGGUGCUGCCCAUACUAAAAUAGCAUUUUUUCCACUAGAGGUUUCUAUCAUUCUCUAUGGUCGUGAUCUAGGUUGGGGACGUGUCCCCUAAUUCUCCUAACCUGAUAAGAAUAAGUCACCUAUAGGCCUGCAUUGCCGUGAAUAGAGUGGGUGGAGUAGAAAGUAUUGCAGGUCAUUUAGACCUCACUCCCCCAUGAAAUAACACUAUAUUAUUUACUUCGGCACCUAUAAUAGUUCUCUCUAUAAGCCUAUAUGUAUUUUUUAAACACUGUAUUGUAUUGGGGGCAUUUAUUUGACCUUGGAACAUGUUUAAAACCCAAAUGUAAUUCAAAUGUCACUUAAAUAUGAACAAAUAUGAAUCAUUAAUGUUUAAAUAAUCAUUUUUUAUAUUUUAUUAAUAAAUAUAGGUUGAC